AUGGACGUCCUAAGCGCGAAUGCAACGAAGCGUGAUGCCAAGCAAUAUCUCUCCCGCUUUAAACGGGUCAAGACACCUCAUACAGGCAAAACAGAAGGUGCGAACAGUUCGGUCGAGGAGCCAUCUAUCCUGCGGCGCCAGCAGGCAAGCCUUGAUCGCUUAGGCGUCAACCUCGGAGGUCUUUACGCCCCAGCUCGUGCCAUUGCAGAGACUCCGGUCUUUGAGCGCAGCGAAAAGCUGAGGCAGAAUACUGUGCCUAAUCAGCAAGCAUUGCACGUUGCCAUUGUCUGUUUGAGAGCACCACAGACGUUGAGUGACCCUGUUCUGGAUGGGGUAGCUACUACGCUUUCGCAGCUUGUUAAGCUUGACACCAGAAUUGUUCUAGUCCUUGAGCUUGGCAGCGAAGGCACAUAUAUGGGCGCACGAGAGCAGAGAAAGACCCUUGCAGCGCAAGCCGAGCGUCUGCUGGCCGCUAUCAAGAAGCACAGCCGCGAGGCUUCCCGCUUUGUGACCGGCGCGCUGGAGACGACCGAAAAAGGUUCGACAAAGCUGGUCUUACCACAAUUGAUCAUGGAGCCUCUGAAGCGCGGUGUAAUUCCAAUUGUACCGGGUUUGGCUCACACUCCAAGCGGACAACUUACCAAAGUGGACGUGGCGGACGUUAUGGCUGCAUUGACCGAAGGUAUAGCUGGUGGGAAAGGUGCUGGUCACACCGAGGGUCGCCAGGCUGACACUGAAGCCUCAAUUGACCGCAUCAUUCUUCUCGAUGCCGCAGGCGGAGUGCCGAGCAAGGUUCGUAGCGAUAAUGCUCAUGUAUUCAUCAACCUCGAGCAGGAGUACAAUGACAUUCAGAAGGAGCUCGCGGAUUACGAAACUUGGGCGGAUGGCAUCAGCAGUCCUAACAUGUAUGAUCAGCACAAGGCGAACUUGCGCAUGCUGAAGAGGUGCCUUGCCAUGCUGCCAUCUGCGUCCUCGGCGCUGAUCAUCUCUCCUCACGAGGCUGCCGCCUCGUCGCAGGCUACUGACGCAGCAGAAGCUGCCAUUGGUGCCGGCACACGGCGCCAGAAGAAUACGCUCAUCCACAAUUUAUUGACCAACAAGCCUAUGGUUUCUUCAUCGCUUCCUACCGCGCGGCUCACCACAACCGCUGGAAUUGCUGGUGAGGGCGCCCCAGCCGCACCUACAGCAGCAACACUCGUAAAGACUGGCAUGCCAGUUGCGAUCAUACCAGCAGCCGAUCGUGUUGAUGGGUGGACAGCGCCACCUCAUGGCCAUUCAUCCUUCGAGCUAGAUCGAGACCCCAGGGUUGACUUUCCUCGUCUAGUACAUCUGAUAGAAGAUUCUUUCCGGCGCAGACUAAAUGUCAAGCACUAUAUUGAUCGCGUUCGGCAACGCACAGCAGGCCUUAUUGUAGCAGGGGAGUACGAAGGCGGCGCCAUCUUCACGUGGGAACGACCACCAGCGUCCUCCACAGGGCAGCGUCUAGUGCCUUACUUGGACAAGUUUGCAGUCCUGCAAACAUCGCAGGGAUCAUCCGGCGUUGCAGAUAUACUGUUCCAGUCCAUGGUUCGAACUUGCUUUCCGAACGGAGUAUGCUGGCGAAGUCGAGAUAACAAUCCCGUUAACAAAUGGUACUUUGAGCGUGCAGCAGGUAGCUGGAAAAUUCCAGGAAGUGGCUGGACAAUGUUCUGGACAGGGGAAGGUGUCGUCGACGACAAACAGAGGUGGCAGGAUUAUGUAGGGGUGUGUAAAAGUGUCGUUCCGAGCUGGGCAGAUGGGAAGAGGCCAGACUGA